CGUACGCGUUUACGACACAUUGACGUACGGCUGACGCGUGACGUGUCUCUCUUGGAACACAACAAUGGCGGACGCUGUAGAGGAAGCUCUUCAGGGAAGCUGGGAUCAGGAGCUAGCUGAGGCUCUGGACUCUGGGAGCUCUGACAUGGAGAUGGACAGAGGGAUCGCUCAGGUCCAAGAGCAACCAGCACAACACAGAGUCAAGAUGUGGACGAUCGCAUUAAAUGUUUCUGGAAAAGGAGACAGCUUGUCUCCUUGGGAUGGUGUCCAUGAUUUGCCAGAACAGACCCUCAUUCACAACCGCAGUGAACAGCUGAUCGAUCAGCUGGGAAUCCCGGAGGAAGAAAGAAAGGAAAUGGUAUCGGAUGUGGAGUCGGUCAUCACUUUCUACUGCAAGUCUCGCAACAUUACCUUCAGCCCGGAGCUCAGCUGGCCGCAUCUGCUCAAACCGCUGCUGGGGCUGCAGCUGCCACGCAGCGAUCUCUACAACUGUUUCUACGCCAUCAUGAACAAAUACGUACCGAGGGAUUGUGUGCAGAAAGGCCGGCCCUUCCACCUCUUCAGACUGCUGCUGCAGUAUCACGAGCCAGAGCUCUGCUCCUAUUUGGACACCAAAAAGAUCACACCGGACUCUUAUUCUAUGAGCUGGAUGGGUAGUCUGUUUUCCAGUCACUGCCUUCCUGAAGUUACCCAAACCCUUUGGGACUCUUACCUCCAGCAGGCUGACCCCUUCCUUAUCUUCUUCCUCAUGCUCAUCAUCCUCGUCAAUGCCAAAGAAACCAUUCUAACACAAGAAGGAGCCAGCAAGGAGGACAUCAUCAAAAUGCUGGAAGCAUCUCCUUCUCUUUUGGAGUCUGAGGACAUUGAAGAUUUGUUUUCACUGGCUCAGUAUUAUCAGAGCAAAACCCCCCUGUCGCUCAGGAAGAUGAAUCAGAACCUGUUUGGUAGCAGUUUGGUGGCUCUGAAAGAGGAAGACACAGAUCUGAGUCAGGCAAUGUGCCUUCCUGUGUCAGUGCCAGAAAUCCUGCAGGCGAACCAGCUGCAGCAGGAUGGGGUACGUUUCUUUGUGGUGGACUGUCGGCCGGCAGAGCAGUACAAUGCUGGACAUCUAUCCACGGCCUUUCACCUGGACUCUGAUCUGAUGCUCCAGAACCCCUCUGAGUUUGCCCUUUCUGUAAAAUCCCUGCUGGAGACUCAGAAGCAGUCUUUGGAGUCCGGUUCCAUCGCCAGCGGGGAGCACCUGUGCUUUAUGGGUAGUGGCAGAGAAGAGGAGGACAUGUACAUGAACAUGGUGCUGGCUCAUUUUCUUCAGAAAAAUAAAGAAUACGUGAGCAUCGCUAAAGGAGGGUUUAUGGCUCUCCAAAAACAUCUGGUCGACAUGAACAUCGAGGGCAUUGACUCCUCCUACGUCAGCUGGAUUGUCAGCACAUCUGGAUCUCACAGCAGCUUGAGCUCUCCUGAUGGCGAGUCUUUGAGCCCCGGAGACAAAAGCGUCAAGUCUCUGGUCAACAAAAUGACGUUCGCUCUCAAGUCAAAGUCUGUGAAUGUGAAAGAAAAGAUGAUCAGCUUCAUUGAGAACACUUCGACUCCUGUAGACAGAAUAUCUUUCAAUCUGCCCUGGCCAGAGAAGGUGAUUCCUGAUCGGCAUGUAAGCAGCAGCGACCGUGUCGGCAAACCCUACCGGGGGGUGAAACCUGUCUUCAGCAUAGGUGAUGAAGAGGAAUACGACACAGAUGAGAUUGACAGCUCAUCCAUGUCGGACGACGACCGGAAGGAAAUAGUCAACAUUCAGACGUGGAUGAAUAAACCAGACGUUAAACAUCACAUUCCGUGUAACGAGGUGAAGGAAACCGGUCACAUGUUCCCUAGUCACUUGCUGAUCACGGCCACUCACAUGUACUGCUUGAGGGAGAUCGCAGCCAGGAAGGGCUUUGCGUACAUCCAGUCCAGACAAGCUCUGAGCUCUGUGGUGAAGAUCACAUCCAAGAAGAAGCACCCAGAGCUCAUCACCUUCAAGUUUGGGAUCAACAAUCCAGGCAAUGUGGAGAUAUCCGCAGUGGAGAGAUAUUUGAUACCCAAUGCAGGCGACGCCACCAAGGUCAUUAAGCAGCAGAUCAUGAAGGUUCUCGAUGCUCUGGAGAGUUCAUAAAGGUGGCGAUCACAGUGACUGCCUACAACGCAAAGCUGUAACGGUGUCCUCCUGCUCUCCCUUGAGCGUCGUUCCUCCUGGACAGAUCCCGGUGCUGUAUUUACUGUGACGCUCCAUCUCUCUCAUUUUGGACGCCGCUGCCAACAGCAGACCCGUGGGCCAGUCUGCACGACUCCAAACCCCUCGGGUGCUCAGCAGUUAUCCAAACAUUGGUCAUAUUGUGUGUGAGAUGUUGGCUUCUUUCAUCAAAAAAAACACGGGAUGUCAUCGUAGCUUUGGUCUCCCCUGGCCUUAACGUAGCAAACUGGUCGACCAGUGACGGACGGACGGACCGGACCUUUUCCUUCUCGCGUGAGCAUCGCAGUUUAACCCUCAUCUUUAUCUGAGUUGCAUUUUUGUCGCAGUGCUGGCACAUGAGGCAGGUUUCCAACCGCAGUUAUAGUUUUGAUAACUUUUCUUUUCCAGCAGGCAGCCUUAAAUAGGAAUUUGACAAUGUUUAUAGAUAUUUAAUGUACAUAGUAUGUAAGCGGCUCUAUAUCAGCACAGACCUCUGCAAUAUCUAACUGAACGUAUAGAGUAGAUAUGCAGAGCACUUUAAGAUGACCUUGUUCCUGCAGUAAGAAUAAAGCUCUUCAGUGUUUCUGGAGAGACGCGUCUUUUUCAAGUGUUCCUGAUCAUUUAAGCUCCUUUCGUUUGGUUUGACAAAGCUCUCAGAGAUCAUCCGUCACACCAGUGUGUUCCAUUUAAAAAGCCCUGAGGGCGCUGCGUUCUCUCCAUGCCAUUCAGUCUGCUGUGUUAAUAAUUUCCCUGCAUAAUCCAGAGGAAAUGCACUUCUCUGAAUCCUGUCAACUCUAAUAAAAUGAAAGUAAUUAUGAGGAUGGUGCUCUGCACUUAUUUUUCUCUACGCUUGAAAGGUUGAAAUGCAUUCAUGAUGUGUUUUUUCUCAGAUGGCUCAGCCUCACUUGGCUCGCCAUCGUUGCCUUUGGCCUCAUGCCUGCUGUGGGUUUUGGGCCCCAGCAGUGGCAACAUAUCAGACCGUCGCCCUUUCUCCUUUGACUCUAAACGUUUAAGGCUUUGUUUCGCCCCACUUUGCUUGUUCCAGAGUCCUGUGUGUCUGCUGCAGUCCAGCGUUCCUCCAGCACUACUGUUUAACGCGUCACACUAACCAAAACAAAAGGCACAUGGACGAAAAGUGGUCAGAAACGCCCCUCAAAGCAUUCCUGUGUAAUUCUUGCAUCGUAUUGUAAUUUGUAAUUUUGUGAUAAUUUUCAGUAUUCUUAUUUACUGGAUUAUUCCUGACUAACGUUUGGAACAUCUCUGGAUUACUGUUGGUCAGAAUUACAAACUGAUUAAUCUGCACCUUACUGUACCGCUUUUGUUUUCUAAGUGUUUCUGUUUGUAAUAAAUGGAAAUGAUUGGACUGCA